AUGCCUUAUUUUUACCGAAAUCUUGUGCUUUACCUACUGGCGGUUGCAGCAGGAUUGACUCGUGGUCAAGAUGUCACCGUCGUGCUCGGACAGGGCACUCUAGUUGGGCUUAAAGUGUUUCCGGAAACAUCACGCAUACCGAUCUAUACGUACCUUGGCGUUCCUUAUGCGAAACCUCCAACAAACGAACUUCGUUUCGCUCCGCCCCUGCCGAGUCCGGGCUGGAAUCGAACGUUAUAUGCACGCGACUUCAAACCUAUCUGCCCCCAGCUAGAGAACAACAGCUACGAGGAUCUGGGCAAUGGGAACCAAUAUCGAUCACGUGAAACCAGCGAAGAUUGUCUGUAUCUUAACAUUUGGAUACCGGAAACGGCCAUGCGGUACGGAGGGUUCCCGGUGCUAGUGAUGAUCACGGGAGAAGAGAUGGCAUUCGAUUGGAAUGCUAACCGUGCGAGUGGCCUUGAUCUGGCAGCCGAUGGUAUAAUCGUGGUGACGGUCCAGUACCGGAGCAACGUGUUUGGAUGGCUGUCUCUGGGUAAAAAGUAUGCUCCCGGGAAUCUCGGCCUGUGGGAUCAACAUUUGGCACUGGUUUGGAUCAAGGAUAACAUACAGAAGUUCGGUGGCGACACCAAUCGGGUGACGUUGCUUGGCCACGGUAGUACCGGUGCGCCGAAUGUGAUGGCACACAUGGUGAGUCCCCGGGCACGGGGGCUUUUCGCGCGUGCCAUCAUCAUGUCCGGUACGAUCUACUCUCCGUACUCGGCGGUGAACCUGGAUAACCGACUUUCGCAGGAGAUAGUCAAGAUACUGGCCUGCAACUACGACGUUGGCCGGAACAUACACAAAUGUUUGCAACAGAAAAGCGUCUACGAUAUACUGCGAGCCUACGAGUACAUUUAUCGCAACGGGAACUAUACGAUCAAUCUGGGUCCGAUCGUAGAUCACUAUCUACCUAUUGGUGAUCGCUACGUGCUGGAUGAUCCUCGGACGCUACACGAAGCGAAGGCACUGGUGAACGAGGACAUGCCGAUCAUGUUCGGUAUUACCAGCAACGAGGCAGCCUUCCUCUCCAGUCAGUGGAUCGAACUGGCCCGUCAGGGCUACGCUUCGCUUAGGAAGUACAUCAACGAUACGCUUCUGCCCAAUAUUAUCGAACAGUAUCACUUUGAAGGUGUGGGACAGGAACAGAUAAGAGAAACCAUCAAUUGGCGCUUCUUUGACCAAAUCCCCGAGACAACUGCCCACCAUCUACGGGCACUAGUGAAGCUCGUUUCGGAAACACGCCAUGAGAUACCGUUUUACCGUACGAUGCAGAUGUUCAGUACUCCCAAGCCACCACCAAAACUGAUCGCAAUCGGUACGGUCGAGGCAGAGUAUGUCACCGCCGAACAGCAGACGCGAGCGUCCCAAGCUGCUGGCCCUGUGUAUGCGUAUCUGUUCCACCAUCCCAACUCGAUGGACAUGCGAGGACGGAUCAACUAUUUCGGUGGUGCAUCGCAUUCGUCCGAUUUGCCAUUCCUGAUGGGCCCUAGCCUUUACCGUGAGAUUGGACGGAAACGGUUAACGCAGCUGGAAGAUAAACUUUGCAAGAAAAUCCGUUCACUGUUUGCCGAGUUUAUUAAAGGCGGAAAUCCUACUCCUGGCCGUCAGUUUGAUUCCUGGACGCCGUACACAGAGAAGCUGAGGUAUAUUAAACUUAUUUCGGCAAAGCCCGAAACAGUCCACAGAAACGAUCACUCUUCGCUGGAAAAUACAUUCGAGGAUAAUUUGCAAGAAAUCGAAGAGAAGCUUCUCAGCACCGAUGGCACUGGGGGCGUUCUGGCAGGAAGUGGUGGAACGGUCGCACCGCCCCAGAAUCCGUACGAUCUCUCGAACUCGAACGUCCAGGCGGACCAAGAGGGCUCACGGACAUCGAAGAGUGCAGUUUACUUGAGUAACGCGCGCGAUUCCGAGUAUUUUUAUUACUUGCGGAAAAUCAACAGCUUUUGGGACGAGUUCCUGCCCAAGCUGAGCCACAUCGUGAACGAAACGAACCAGGAGAAACUGCGCAACCGACGGAUCGAUCUUACGCUCGAGGAGGAGCAAGAUCUAUUCCGCGAAACGGCCGCGGCGUCCAAGUACAAGCAUGCGUUCUUUUCGAUGCUGACCCUGGUGUGCAUGCUGCUGGCAGUGCUCUGCAUCCUCUUUGAUCGGAAGAAUCGCCGCAAAAAGCCGGACGUAAGCAGCAUGGGAGACGAGGAUGAGUUUCAGGUGACGGGCAUCAGCCAUCGGAUAAGAACCCAGGAGCGUGUCAUUCGCACCAAUCCACUGUACGGCGAAAACUUCCGAAAGAUCAGCGAAAGCAUUAGCAGAGGUACGGCCGAUGGUAGUGGCGUUAGUGCUAGCAAUCGAAACGUGAUUGGGACACAUCGGUCACGAACAGCUGGCGAGCCGCCGGUUGCCAUUUUAGCCGAAAUGGAGCAAGAUCAAGAGGUGCGCAACUGGCGUUAUCAACUGUCUGCCAGUCACUUUCAACCAGACAGCAAUACGCGCCGCCAAAAGCUUCCCACUUGA